AUUAAUGUGCUUGUUUCAGAUCGGGACAACGCCAAGCAAAUCUCAGUGCAUGUUUGUAAUAAGCUUAGGAUCCCUUCCUGAAAGUAUUAUUACUUCAACCGUCUGCAUCAGGAAACGAAACACCACACAAUACACCGACACCACCACCUGGAACCAUGUCCUUGGUGAAGAUGGUGGACACUGUGGUGCGAGGACUGCUAACAUUGAUUGGACUGGUGAUGAAACCCAUUCUCGCUGUUGUGUUUAGCAUCAUAUAUGAUUGGAGAUCACAAAAAGUGCCACCAGUUCAGGAGGAAUUAUGUCUCAAGAGUGCCACAGAGCUUGCAAAACUGAUUAGGAAAAGGAAGGUGAAAGCAGCUGAUGUGAUGGAGUCCUUCAUCAAUCGGGUAGGAAUAGUCAAUCCAGUGGUGAAUGCAGUCACUGCCACCAGAUUUGAGGAGGCAAUCCUAGAAGCAGAGGAAGUAGAUACUUUACUGGACAGUGGGCAGUUAGAUGACCGUUACUCUGAGGAAAAUGCCCCAUUUCUUGGUGUCCCAACAUCUGUUAAGGAAGCUUUUGCUCUUAAAGGUUUGCCUAAUGCCUCUGGACUAGUGAAACGUAAAAACAAGAUUGCCACAUUUGAUGCUGAGGUAGUAGCUCGCCUUAAGAAGGCUGGAGCCAUUCCUUACAUUCUUACUAAUGUUAGUGAGCUAUGUAUGUGGUAUGAAUCUGCCAACAAUCUCAAUGGUCGCACACGUAAUGCCUACGAUACGUCCAGGAUAGUUGGGGGCAGCUCAGGGGGUGAAGCCUGUAUCAUUUCCACAGCUGCGGCAGUGAUAGGUAUUGGGUCAGAUAUAGGAGGCAGUAUCAGGAUGCCAGCCUUCUUCAAUGGUGUGUUUGGACACAAAGCAUCUCGAGGAUUGGUCCCUAAUGACGGUCAACACCCAAUGGCCACGGGUAAGGAGAGAGACCUACUAAGUACAGGCCCUAUGUGUCGCUAUGCUGAAGAUAUUCUUCCUCUACUCAAGGUGUUUGCUGGACCUGAAUCAACAUUCAAGGCUAGACUUGAUGACCAGGUAGACCUGCAGUCUUUGAAAAUCUACAGUAUGCUGGAUGAUGGAGGAAGCACUCUGGUCAGCUCAGUAGACAAGCAACUGAAAGAUGUUCAGUGCAAGGUAGAGAAAUACUUGGAAGAAAAGCUGAAAUUGAAGGUGGAGAGAGUAAACAUACAUCGAAUGAAGUAUGGUCUGGAAGUAUGGACUGCAAAGAUGAAUACAGGAGGGGGCAAAAAAUUUGCACAGCUCAUGAGUGACGAUGAUGGCAGUGUAAAUUGUGUACUUGAGCUACUGAAAUGGCUGGUAGGAUGCUCACAACAUACACUGCCUGCCAUAAGUCUGGGGCUUGUCGAGAAAAUCCCCAUGCCCGAGACCGACAAGAAAUUCCUCAAAGUUUUUGACAAAUUAGAAUCUGACAUUACCAAAUUGCUAUCGAAUGAUGGAAUUCUACUAUAUCCCAGCCAUCCAAAACUUGCUCCAUAUCAUAAUGAGCCCAUACUAUAUCCCUUUAACUUUGCAUACACUGGCGUGUUCAAUACUCUAGGUCUGCCUGUGACUCAGUGCCCACUAGGGUUGAGCAAGGAGGGUCUACCGCUUGGUCUACAGUUGGUGACUGGUAUGAACAAUGACAGACUCACCAUAGCACUUGCAAAGGAGAUUGAGAAGGGCUUUGGUGGUUGGGUUAAACCAUAAAUGUUUUAUGAGUCUUCUGCUAGAACAGGUAUGUAGUCUGUCAAUCAGUCCCUGUGUCUACCAUUUUAUUCAGGACAUCGAAAGUAGCAGGUGAUAUUGUUUAAAGUUAAGGGCUUUGGUGAUUGGGUAAAACCAUAAAUAUGUUGUUAGACCAUGGCGGGUAUUACUAGAACAGGUAUGUAGUCUGUCAAUCAGUCCCUCAUUCCACUAUUUUAUUAGGGAGGUGUAAAAUGUAAAGUGAUAUUGUUUAGGUUUUAUUGGCCUUGGUGGUUUGAUCAAACCAUUAAUAUGUUAAUAGUCCAUUGCUGGUACUGCUGGAACAGGUAUGUAGUCUUUUUGUCAAUCAGUCCCUCGUUCUACCAUUUUAUCCCGGACAUAUAAAAUAUAUAGUGAUAUUGUUUAGGUUUUAUGAAAUAGGUUUUAGUGUUAUAUAACUAGCAGUAUGUUGGAGCGGAUGUAUUUAAAUGUAAUUUUGGCUUAAAUUUCGCAUUUGUUUUCAUUAUUAAGAUCACCGGUGAUGUAAACAUACAUAUUUUAGCGGUUAUUUUAUUAAAGCGUUUUUCUUGUGCGCUGAAAACAUUCUGCUGAAUUAUUGCCUUGUCAGACAUGAAGUAUUGCAAAUGUGUCAGUUCAUCACUGCCUUAAUCUGUUUGAAUUCGGUCUUGCGCUAAAUUGUGGAUCUGUUAAGAUAAAUAUGUUUACAGUAUUAAUAAAGGUGGUGAAUUGAUACUUAAAUUAUUUGUUCUGCUUACCUCAUUAAAAAUAUAAAACGGGAUAUUUCUAUAAGGAGAAUAUGGGGUGCUAAUAGAGGCUUUUAUCUCCAUCCAUAAGCGUUAUUUUUCGAUAAAUACCCUUGUAUACUUUAGAGCCUUACCAUGAUGAAAUUUCAUUAAAAUAAGGUCAGAUGGAAGACACUUUCAGGAAAAGCUUUUGUAGUGAAUAACUUAAUGAAAAGCUUACAUAGUGUCUCCAGCCUUUCAUUUCAUCUGACUACACUGAUACACAUAUAAGGUCACCCUCCCUGCCUUUCGUCUGCAUUGCUUCUGUUAUCUUGAUUAGUUUUAUAAGUCCUGUAUAUAUAAGGCAAUGCAGAGAAUAUGAAGUAAGAUGGGGAUGAGCUGUACCUGUAAUAUGGAAAUAAAUGAGUAAUGUACAAAUGUCGGGGUGAACUGUAUUAUUUAUAUGACAUUAGAUGGGUAUUGUACAAAUGUCAGAUGAACUGUACCUGUAAUAUUAAUUUAGAUGUGUAUUGUUUGAAUGUCGGGGUGAACUGUACCAUUUUAUAUGGAAUUAGAUGGGUAUUGUUUGAAUGUCGGGGUGAACUGUACCAUUUUAUAUGGAAUUAGAUGGGUAUUGUACAAAUGUCAGAUGAACUGUGCCUGUAAUAUGGAAUUAGAUGGGUACUGUAUAAAUGUCGGGGUUAACUGUACCAUUUUAUAUGGAAUUAGAUGGGUAUUGUAUAAAUGUCGGGGGUAAACUGCUGUAAUAUGAAUUUGAUAAUAGAUUUAUAGGUAUGUACAUAACAUUGAUCAAAACUUGCAUUAUUCUUCAGUGAUGAUAUUACUAAAACUACUGGUACAUAUAGAAAUCCAGAGUUAUGGUAAUCUCCAGACUAAAAACGUUGGUUCCCCCAACAGAGUUACCACGCAUCUAUCACAAAGGAUUUGACAAAUAAUUCACGAUUGAUUGAUAUUUCUUGAUCAUAUGAAUUUAGUAAAUAAUACAGUUCAUACUGAAGAGAUACGUUUUUGCACCACUUUUCUAAAGAACAAAUUUCUAAUGUGGGAUUUCUUGUAAUGGUAUUAUAUGACAAGGUGUACUGUUUGGGCGACAUUUGAAAUCCAUAUACUUGUUUGAUCAUAGCUGUUAUGAUAUUAGUGAUAUACAUAAAAGGUGUCGAUGAUGAAAUUUUGUGUCUAUGUGUUUUAUAUGAGUUCUGAAGGACAGUUAAUUGAAGCUUAAUUGAAACUUUCUAGUUAUGGGGAAAAUUUUGUUUUUAAUGAGAAUAAGAUAUACAAUAGAUUUAAUAAUCUUUUAUCCAGUAAAUGAUUUUAAAAGUGGCAAGAUGUAAUUAUUGUUAUUAAUUAGUACAGAAAGGAAAAUGAAAAUUUUGAUGUAGCAAAAUUCUUGAUGUUAUCGGUAUCUACAAAGAUCAUUAGCUAACUUGUAGAAUACCGCCCUUUAGAAGUCCGAUUUCUAAUAAAUAUCAAAGAAAACUGUUUUUCUUUAUGUCAAGUCUAUCUUGUAGAUCCCAUUUUUCUUUUUGAUCUUUGUCAAACCCGCCUGGGGGACUACCACUCUCAGUCACUACUUCUGAGAAAGUUUUAUUAAACCUCGGUAAAAAAGCUGUGAUAUAUUUCAAACAAUGCUGAACACAUUUUAAUGAUAUUUAUACUCUGGUAUUCCAUCAAACUGUUUUCUUUAUAGAAACAUAUUUCACAAAUUUUUAUCUUUAGUAAUGUUUAAUUUUAUCAGUAUUGCUCAUUUGUUUCUAGUUCAAUUGCGCUGCACUGUGAUAUUACAUUUAAAAUUAUUCUACAUUUUGUUUUAUCCGCUACAUUGUAUUCGUUCACUUUAUCUUCAUAUUCGUGUUAAAAUGAUAGUUUUUAUAUUAUCAAUCAGCGACUGGUUUGUUAUCAUUUUGAUUAACAUGUCAAAUCUUAGAUCGAAUACAGAGAGUGUGCAUGGUAUCAUUUUACUUAAACUGGAAGAGAAGUAAUGUUUUCAUAGAUUUAAAUCUUAACUGCUUACCGAUAUAUACAUAUGAUGGACACCAAAAUGUUUCAAGAAUUAUUAGGUUUUAAUAAAGAAUAACUGAUUGAGUGUAAUGACAGACAAUCAACAUGUACGUACAAACUAUAUACUCAUACUUUUAGAAAUAUAGUUAUUGUCGCUGAUAUAUUUCUUUUCGAUUUCAAUUUUGAGUCAUUUUUAGAAGUCGGGUUUGCAAACUAUAAGAGUUUCUUUAACAGUAUAACUUCCUUGUCCGUAUUUACGAAGAGGUAAUUUUAUGGUUGUAUAAUGUGGUGCUUUGAAUGACCGGUGUACAAUGUACAUGAAUAUAAAGGUAGUGUAUUGCAUCAUUCCUGACAGCCUGGCGUCAAAUGUGGUGUCUAAUUAGUUGUAUACUAGAUCAAUACGGCUACAUGAUGCUUUUGUGAAAAAAUAUGUGUUGGUGAUAUAGUAAGGCAUUUGUAAAUAUAGCAGUUUAGGUUUUAGGGAUUCCACCAAGUUAUUUUAUUUUUGAUAGCUUUUCCAAGUAACUUGAACUAAAUUAUGUUUAGAUAUACACGUAAAGUGAUGUAACUAGCUCUUAUAUUGGCCGAAUUUCAUUCGGAGAUGCCGCCUAAAACAUAAUUUCUUAUCUUGGUUAUGCUUAAUUUGUUACGUUGAUAGUGAUAUCGUAAAACAUAUUUUUAUGUGUUUAAGAUGCAUAACGUGUUGUGUUGACUUUGUGUCAUAGUCAAGUUGGUUUAUAUAUAAUAUACAUUCCAUUGGCUUUGUUUUUGGUUUUGUAUUUUACAUCCCAUCAAUGAUUUGCCACUUCAGACCAAUUAAGACAGUAUCAUUGCAGUAAUAUUUAUCAUCAAACAUAAUUUACUAUUAGCGUAUCAUGUUGAAAUAAUGUAAAAUGUAGUUUAUACACCAGUAAGCAACUUUAAAGACAAAUUAUCUCUUAAAUAAAGAGGGACCAAACUAUUUCGAUCACAUAACCAUUUCACGUUAAGAGUUCAGCUAUGAGUUAUACCACAAUUUCUCUCUCACCAGUCGGGUAUUUCCCAAUCGCUCCUUUAGCAUUGAAAGUCGGGCAUUUAUUUGUGAAAUACAAUGAAAAUAUAGUGUGUGCAUUGCAAGCCAGGUAUUUCUUCUACAACCUAUACACAUGUAUAUUAUCUAUUUCUGACAAUCACAUUCUUCCUCCAGAAAUAUUUCCUUACCAUUACACUGAAAACUUUAUACACAUAUUUACCGCUAGUUCAUCCAGUUCAUAUAUACUUCCUACCUUUGAAUAAACGUAUUUUGGUCAAUUUCUACCAACAUACUUUCUGUAUACAAAGACACAAAUUGUACCUUAUAGUAUUCAUACCAUUACUGCUCAGGGCAAUGAUUUUAGUGUUGAAAUAUUUCCAUUGUAUUUGUAAUGAGAUGAUUGAAUGGUAUCGUAUGGCUGGUAGUAUUCGUUGUGUAUAUCUAUUAUUUAUGACGGAUUGUGUGGUAAUGGUAGAGAAAACAUAUUAUUGGCAUGAAGUCUUAGUAAUACAAAGGUGGUAACUGUGAUACUACAUUAUAUUAUUUUGUUUUCUGUGAUAAUGUUAGGACAACUAUGGUACUUGUUUUCUGCUCUUAUACGUUUAUUUUUUACUUACUUCAAUGAUUGUUCCAAGAAUAAAAAAAAAUGUAUUCUUGAUUUUCAUUCUUACUCCACGCAAUAAUUUGGAGAUUUUACUAAAUAAAAUGGGGGAAAAAGGC